AAAUAGUUUUUUGUAGAACUCACCUACUGCUUUCUAGUUAAAUAGCCAAACAAGCUCUAGUCUCUAUGCAUUUCCCAUGCUUUUAUCAUUCCAUCAACAUAUUUUAUCUCACGUGUAUAUAAUAUAUAUAUCACAUGUGUAACCCAUUAAUUUGUAUCCAUGUCAAAGAAUUGAUGAACCGUCUUUUGUCAUGCAGUUGCCUAUGACGAGAGGACUAAAUGCUUUUUUAUUCCUAUAAAUAGCAGAGCACAAGUCUCAAUACUUGGCUCAUCUCAAAGUGUGAAACAUAUAAAACCGCUACACAUAUUAUAUUAGUCAUAUGAUGAUGGGAUCAUUGAUACUUCGCUUCAGUUUCACUGGUUUUCUCUUUCUGACCUUAUUAUGUUUCUCUUUCUCGCAGCCAGUUUGCCAUGAUGAUGAAAGGUCUUCGUUGUUGCAGUUCAAGGAAAGUUUUAUUAUUAACAUGUCUGCUUCUUAUUUUUCUUCUCUUUCUUAUUCGAAGGUUGCCUUCUGGACAAACAAAGAAGACACAAGAAAUUGUUGCAUGUGGCAUGGGGUUGAGUGUGAUGAGAUCACAGGCCAUGUCAUCGGCCUUGAUCUCAGCAGCAGCUACCUCUACGGCUCUAUUGACUCAACUAGUAGCCUCUUCAAUCUGACUCAUCUUCAGAGUCUUGAUCUUGCAGACAACCACUUCAACUAUUCUCAAAUACCCAGAGCUAUCAAGCGGCUUUCUAUGCUCACUAAUCUCAACCUAUCAUACUCUGUCUUCUCUGGUCAAAUUCCGUCAGAAGUUUCAGAACUAUCUAAAUUAUCCAAUCUUGAUUUGUCGUAUAACAUUGGUCAAGUUCCUGGAGAAAAUGUAUUGGAACUCAAAAAGCCCAACAAUUUGGAGACCCUUGUUUCAAACUUGACAAGCCUUGAGAAACUUCAUCUCAGUUAUGUUGACAUAUCAUCGGCAGUGCCUAAAUCAUUGGACAAUUUGUCUUCCUUGAAAUCACUGCUCUUGGAGGAUUGCAAAUUGACAGGUGAAUUCCCAAUCAAUAUUUUUCAACUUCCAAAUUUACAAAGUCUAAAUGUGAUGUUCAACAAAGAUCUCACUGUAAGAUUUCCUGUGGUACUUGACCAAAAGAGCUCUCUCAAGUCAUUGCUAUUAAGAGGCACUGGCUUCUCUGGGGAUCUACCGUCAUCGAUUGAAAAACUUGCUUCUUUGACUGAGUUGGAUGGAGGAAGUUGCAACUUUUCAGGAGUGAUUCCAACCUCCAUAGGUAAGCUGAAACAACUCACUUCUCUCGACCUUUCUAAUAAUUACUUUGUGGGACAAAUCCCUUCUUCCAUUGGAAACCUAACUCAGCUCAGCCGUUUAACUCUGUCCUCAAAUCAAUUUAGUGGUCCAAUUCCUUUGUCAUUCUCAAAACUCAUAAAUUUAGAAACCCUUUGGUUGGAUGAUAAUAAUUUAAGCGGAACUAUGAAUUUUGACAUGUUUAAUGGCCUAAAAAACCUCACUGGCCUUUUUCUAUCCCGAAAUAAUUUUUCACUACUUGUUAGUCCUCAUGAGAUAAAUGAAACAUUUCCACAAUUCACAUCUCUACAAUUGUCCAAAUGCAAUUUAAGAAAUUUUCCUGAAUUUCUUAGGCAUCAAAAACAAAUUGAGUCUUUGGAUCUUGGAGAUAACCAUAUUGCUAGUCGAAUACCAGAUUGGAUGUGGAACAUGAGCAUGGAAAGCUUGGACUCCAUAUCCCUUUCUAAUAACUCCUUGAUAGGAGAACUUUCACCUACAAUAUGUAGUCGUAGUUUUCUAAAAGUCCUUGACUUGUCCCAUAACAGGUUAGGUGGUAAGCUUCCGCAAUGUUUCGGUAACUUUAGUAAGUCAUUGUCAAUACUAAAGCUUAGAAACAACUCUUUUUCAGGCAACAUUCCCCAAUUUACAAAUGGAAACCAACUGACAAUUAUUGAUUUUGGUUAUAAUCUUUUUGAAGGGAAACUAUCAAAAUCACUUACGAAUUGUAAGAUGCUUGGUUACCUCAACGUUGAAAGAAAUAAUCUCAACGAUGUUUUCCCUUAUUGGUUGGGGAUUCUUCGAGAGCUGAGAAUUCUUAUAUUGCAAGGUAAUGAAUUCCAUGGAGUUAUAAGGGAGCCCAAAACAAACCAUCGUCAAUUUGCAAAGUUACGUAUAAUUGAUAUAUCAUUCAACUCCUUCAAUGGAAGACUGCCAAUUGAAUACAUACAGAGUUGGAAGGCCAUGGAAAGUACAAGCGCUGAAGACUUUGAAUAUAUGAUGUCAAUACCUUUUGAACUCAAAGAAAAUAGUAGUGGUCUUACUCUUCGUAUGAAUUACUUUUUCCAAAUUACAACAGCAAUCAAAGGCAGGCAUAGACACUAUCAGUAUAUCCAAAAUAUUAUUGCAGUUAUAAAUCUCUCCAACAAUAAAUUUGUUGGAGAAAUUCCUGAAGCCAUUGGAAACUUGAAGGAGCUCUAUUCUCUUGACCUAUCCAACAACCAUCUCAAAGGUGGAAUUCCAUCAUCACUGAGUAAUCUAAGAGCUCUUGAAUCCUUAGACAUUUCUCAAAAUGCUCUUUCAGGGAAGAUCCCUAUUGAGUUAGACCAACUUUCUUUCCUUCAAUACUUCAAUGUUUCACACAACCAACUCUCAGGAUCUAUACCACAAUAUCAUCUUAGUACCUUUGAGGCCAGUUCCUACGAGGGAAAUGUGGGAUUAUAUGGUAUGCCACUACAAAACUUUUGUGGACACUCCAGUUCACCAGAAUACUCAUUUCCAUCAUCAGAAGAAGAGUCAAGCUAUAUUUUUCAAUUUGGCUGGAAAGUUGUUGCGAUAGGAUAUGGAUGUGGAUUCUUAAUUGGAUCGUUUGUUGGGAAAAUUGUGAUUGCAAGAAAACCUAAUUGGUUAGUGAUGACCUUUGGGAUAAGGAGCUGA